AUGGCAUGUCCACCCGAGAUUCAAGAGACAGCUGUCAAGGCAAAAAAAGGAGAAGGAGGCCUGGUUGACGAAGAGCUGAAAUGGUGGCAAACAUCAACUGUAUACCAAGUACUCGUACCAAGCUUUAAAGACACGAAUUGCGAUGGGACAGGGGAUAUCAAUGGCGUGACAGAAAACAUUGAUUAUUUGGCAGAUCUCGGCAUUGAUAUCAUUUGGCUGACGCCUAUAUUUGAUUCGCCCAUGUAUGAUAUAGGAUAUGAUAUUCGAAAUUACAUAGAAAUUAAUCCGGUGUUCGGGACACUAGAUGACUUUGACCGAUUAAUAAAAACUGCCCAUGAGCGAGGGUUGAAAGUCAUUAUUGAUGUUGCGUUAAAUCAUACAUCUAUUGAGCACGAAUGGUUUCGAGAAUCUCGAGCUAGUCGAAAAGACCCCAACGGACCGAAACGAGACUGGUAUAUCUGGCACCCCGGCAAUAUUGGUGAAAAGGGCGAAAGAGUUCCCCCAAACAAUUGGGAAAGCGCAUUUGGAGGCUCAGCGUGGACAUUUGACCCCGUUGCGGGAGAGUAUUACAUGCACAUCUUCGGAGACAAGCAGGCAGAUAUAAAUUGGGAAAAUGAAGACGUUCGACAAGAAUUAUACAAAGCGUUGCGUUGGUGGCUUGAUAAAGGCUUAGAUGGGUUUCGGCUGGACUGUAUAAACCUCAUCUCUAAAGAUCAAGGCUUCCCGGACGCUCCCGAGAUCAAGGAAGGGGCCGAAUUACAGCAAGCAAACGUCUGGUUCGCGAACGGUCCCAAAGUGCACGAGUAUUUGCAGGAAUUACAUGAAAACGUAUUUUCAAAAUACGACAUUGUAACCAUAGGGGAAAUGUCAUGCGGCAUAACAUCGGAUCAAGCAGCUGAAUACCUAUCAAAGUACAAACCCCGUCGCGAACUCAACCUACUAAUCCAAUUCGAGCACGUCGAGCUCGAUUGUCACAAUGGCGAUAAAUGGAUGCUUCGAGAGUGGGAGCUCUCGGAGCUGAAGGCUAUUCAAGAAGACUGGCAGAACAAAAUGCUAGAUUGCGGCUCCUGGAUGACGCUGUGGAUGGAAAAUCAUGAUCAGCCACGGGGUAUAUCCAGAUUCACUACUUCAAUGCCCAGGUUUCGCGGCUUUUGUGCCAAAAUGCUUGCCAUGUGGCUAUGUACCUUGCGCGGAACUCCGCUUAUUUACCAAGGACAGGAGCUCGGUAUGGUCAAUCCGGGGUCUUUUUGUCCGGAGAUGAAUCAGGAUGUGGAAACUGUUAUGUACUGGGAGUCUGUCAAAGACAAAGAUGAACAUAAAAUCGAACUUGCCAAAAAGGCUAUUCUACAAAAGGGUCGAGAUAACACCCGAAUUCCCAUGCCGUGGAAUCCUGAAACCAAUAGAGGCUUUUGCAGUGAUGUAGAACCGUGGAUGCCAGUUCCUGGAGAUGAACUGGAUUGGUGUAUAGAUAAUCAACGGUCAAACCCUAGCUCAGUCCUGAACUUCUACCGAAAGAUACUCAGAAUGCGAAAAUCGCAUGUUGCUCUGUUGAAAGGUACAGUCCAAAUUCUGGACAUACCAAACCCGUACACUUAUACUUUCAUUCGGCGGUACAAGGAGAUGAAAUAUCUAAUUGUGCUGAAUUUUUCUCCCGGUGCAGUUUCUUGGACAGGACGGAACAAGUCUAUCGAUUUAACUGACGCAAAGUUGCUGCUGUCGAAUUAUGACUAUCACUCCCCAGACGUUGUGAAAGACCCGUUAGUGGUCAGGCCGUACGAAGGAUUGCUGUAUCAACUCAGACCAGGGGAUCCGGAAGACGUACCAACGGAAAAUACUGCAGAUUAUCUUCCGAAUAGUACCUAA